CUUUGUUGGCUUAUCUUUUUGAUAAUAGUUGACAAACAAUAUUCAUAACAAAACUUAUCUAUAUUUCAAGAAAGUAUUGUCUGACAUAAGUAUAACCUUAAUUCAAAAGAAAUAAUUGUUUUAAAUCUAUGAAAUUUGUUCAGUGAAAAAGUGAAAAAUCGGUAUAUAAUAAUUUUUUAAUUGGAUGAAUUGUUUUUGUUAUCAUAGAAUAAAGUGAUUUUUGUUUGUGAGAAUCUUCAAAUGGAUAUUAAGUGCUUACUUUGAUUUUCUCAAACGAAGUAACAAUAAUCUCUAUUAAUUGUUAAAGACAAUCUGGCAUGAUUUUGUUAUCAAAUUGAAGAUCCGGCUAGCCGGAUAGUAUAGCUGUAAAUAUAUUGUCGGGAGGAUAGAUCCGGCUGCUGUCACUUGGAAUUUUUAUAAAAUUAGUUUUACUGAAUUGAGAGGUUUAUAAAAUAUAAGAACUAUGGCUGCGGAUAAAGUAACUUUAGGAGAUGCUUUAUCAAACGUUGAUGUUCUUGACGAAUUUACAUUACCUGAUGAACAACCAUGUAUUGAAGCUCAACCCUGUUCUGUUGUUUAUCAAGCAAAUUUUGAUACAAAUUUUGAAGACCGCAAUGGAUUUGUUACUGGGAUUGCUAAAUAUAUUGAGGAAGCGACUGUUCACGCAAGUUUGAAUGAACUUUUAGAAGAAGGAUUGGAACAUGCAGUGAUGCUUUACACUUGGAGAUGUUGCUCCCGAGCAAUACCACAACCUAAAUCUAAUGAGCAACCAAACAGGGUUGAAAUUUACGAAAAAACUGUUGAGGUUUUGGCACCUGAAGUGAAUAAGCUAUUGAACUUUAUGUAUUUUCAGCGCAAAGCAAUUGAACGAUUUUCAGCAGAAGUUAAGAGAUUAUGCCAUCAUGAGAAACGAAAAGAUUUUGUUUCGGAAGCUUACCUUUUAACUUUGGGAAAAUUUAUUAAUAUGUUCGCCGUUCUCGACGAACUUAAGAACAUGAAAUCAAGUGUUAAGAAUGAUUAUUCGACAUAUAGAAGAGCGGCUCAGUUUUUAAAAGUAAUGUCAGACUCUCAAACUCUCCAAGAAUCUCAGAAUUUGUCAAUGUUUCUCGCAACUCAAAAUAAAAUUCGUGAUACAGUAAAGGAAAAUUUGGAGAAAAUUGCAGGUUACGAGGAUCUCCUAGCUGAUGUUGUAAACAUAUGCGUUCAUAUGUUUGAAACAAAAAUGUACCUCACUCCAAACGAGAAACAUAUGUUAGUUAAAGUCAUGGGAUUCGGGCUAUUUCUUAUGGACAGUGAAUUGUGCAAUAUUAACAAAUUGGACCAGAAGAAGAAAGUAAAACUCGAAAGGAUUGAUAGAAUUUUUAAGAAUCUAGAAGUUGUCCCCCUAUUUGGAGAUAUGCAAAUUGCACCUUUUAAUUAUAUCAAAAGAUCAAAGCAUUUCGAUGCUUCCAAAUGGCCUAUGUCAGCUUCCUCAAAUAACAUUAGUCCUCAGGCAGAUUUGAUGGUCCAUCUUCCUCAAAUUAGAGAAGAUCAUGUUAAAUACAUAAGUGAAUUAGCAAGAUAUAGUAAUGAAGUGACAACAACGUACAAAGAAUGUGGAAGUGAUGCAGAAAACAGAGAAACCGCUGAACUUGCAUUACGAGGACUUCAGUUAUUGUCUCAAUGGACAAGUGUUGUUACAGAACUUUAUAGUUGGAAAUUGCUGCACCCGACAGAUCAUCAUAUGAACAAAGAAUGUCCUCAAGAAGCAGAGGAAUACGAAAGGGCCACAAGAUAUAAUUAUACGGCUGAAGAAAAAUUCGCUCUAAUUGAAGUGAUUGCCAUGAUAAAAGGACUUCAAGUUUUAAUGGCGAGAAUGGAAACAGUUUUCGUCGAUGCCAUUCGACGAAAUAUUUAUGCUGAGCUUCAAGAUUUUGUUCAACUCAUGUUAAGAGAACCUCUUAGAAAAGCAAUUAAAAAUAAAAAGGAUCUGAUCAGAAGUAUUAUUGUUUCUGUGAGGGAAACUUGUGCUGACUGGCAUUUUGGUGUAGAGCCACUUAGUGAUCCUGCCUUAAAGGGGAAAAAAGAUCCUGAUAAUGGAUUUGGAAUUAAAGUUCCAAGGAGAAAUGUCGGACCAAGCUCAACACAGCUUUAUAUGGUACGAACGAUGCUGGAAUCUUUAAUAGCUGAUAAAAGCGGAGGAAAGCGAACGUUGAGAAAGGAUAUUGAUGGACAAUAUCUUGUGCAAAUUGAUCAAUUUCAUAAAACCAGUUUCUAUUGGAGUUAUCUGCUUAAUUUUAGCGAAUCUUUGCAAAACUGUUGUGAUCUUUCUCAGUUGUGGUAUAGAGAAUUCUAUCUUGAAAUGACAAUGGGCCGAAAAAUUCAAAAAUGCCAAGUGCGGCACCAACACAAUGAAGAAUGCAGCGACUUGAUCACCAUGGAAAAACGCAUUCAGUUUCCCAUUGAAAUGUCAAUGCCCUGGAUUUUAACUGACCACAUUUUAAGAAGCAAGGAGCCAUCAAUGAUGGAGUAUGUUUUAUAUCCUCUGGAUCUGUAUAAUGACAGCGCUCUAUAUGCUUUAACAAUUUUCCGAAAACAAUUUCUUUAUGAUGAAGUUGAGGCUGAGGUAAAUUUGUGUUUUGAUCAGUUCGUUUAUAAAUUAAGCGAACAGAUAUUUGCUCAUUACAAACAAUUGGCUGCUAGCAUUCUUUUGGAUAAGAGAUUUAGAGUUGAAUGCAUCACAUUAGGAGCAUAUUUAUUACCUUAUCCCAGAGCCAAUAGAUAUGAAACAUUAUUAAAGCAAAGACAUGUUCAAUUAUUGGGAAGGAGUAUUGAUUUAAACAAAUUAAUUACACAAAGAAUUAAUGCUGAUAUGCAAAAAUCUUUAGACCAGGCAAUUAGUAAAUUCGAAUCUGGAGACAUCACUGGAGUUGUUGAACUGGAUGGACUUUUACAAGUAAAUCGCCUUACUCAUAAAUUGUUGAGUAAAUGGUUGGCUUUAGACGAAUACGAUGCAAUGUUCCGAGAAGCAAAUCACAAUGUUCUCGCUCCUUAUGGAAGAAUAACUCUCCAUGUUUUUUGGGAACUUAAUUAUGAUUUUCUUCCAAAUUAUUGCUAUAAUGCAGCAACUAACAGAUUCGUAAAAUGUCAUGGAAUUCAGUUUGUGCAACCAGUGCACAGAGACAAACCUCCACAGAUGUCUCAUCAUUAUUUGUGGGGAAGCAAGCAAUUAAAUCUUGCUUAUACAACACAAUUUGGACAAUAUUCAGGUUUCGUUGGUCCCUAUCAUUUCCGGACGAUGUGUAAGCUCCUUGGAUAUCAAGGAAUUGCCGUAGUAAUGGAAGAGUUGUUGAAAAUCGUUAAAUCAUUAAUUCAAGGCAGUCUUCUUCAGUUUACGAAAACAUUAAUGGAAGCGAUGCCGAAAGUUUGCAAGCUCCCGAGAUAUGAUUAUGGAUCUCCCGGAGUUUUGGGGUAUUAUCAUGCACAACUGAAUGACAUUGUCCAAUAUCCAGACGCGAAAACAGAACUUUUCCACAACUUUAGGGAAUUCGGGAAUACUAUUUUAUUCUGCCUUUUGAUGGAACAAGCGUUGUCACAAGAGGAAGUUUGUGACUUGCUGCAUGCUGCUCCGUUUCAAAACAUUUUACCAAGGCCUCAUUGCAAAGAGGGAGAAAAACCAGAGACGAAACAGAAAAGACUGGAAUCAAAAUAUGCGGCGCUUCAAAUUGUUCUAAAUGUCGAUAAACUUGGAACUGCAAAACAAGCCAUGAUAGCAAGGGAAGGAGAUUUGUUAACUAGAGAAAGACUUUGCUGUGGACUUUCGAUUUUUGAAGUUGUACUAAGUAGACUCAGAAGUUUUUUGGAUGAUCCAAUUUGGGUUGGACCACCUCCAGCAAACGGAGUAAUGAAUAUCGACGAAUGUACUGAAUUUCACAGACUAUGGAGUGCCCUUCAAUUUGUUUACUGCAUUCCCGUGGGAGAAACGGAAUUCACUGUUGAGCAAUUAUUUGGAGAAGGUUUGCAUUGGGCGGGAUGUGUAAUGAUUGUUCUUCUUGGCCAACAAAGAAGAUUCGAGGCUCUCGAUUUUUGCUAUCACAUUCUUCGAGUUCAAAGAGUUGACGGUAAAGACGAAAACGUCAAAGGAAUUCACCUGAAAAGAAUGGUGGAUCGAAUCAGAAGAUUCCAAGUUUUGAAUUCGCAGAUAUUUGCUGUAUUAAAUAAGUACCUGAAAAGUGGAGAUAGCGACGCCACGAGCGUCGAACACGUUCGCUGUUUUCCUCCACCAAUUCAUCCAUCGCUUGCUCAUGCGCAACACUAUCACGCUCCCGAAUAUUUGCGACACAUAAAUCAUCCUUAAUAUGCCAAAAAGUAAUUUUAAGAAUUUAAAUGUUAGCGGUAGUUUAAUCAAUUUAAUACUUUUUUAAAGAGGUAUUUUAACUCAAAAGUGCAGUAUUUUGUUAAAUACAUAAAUUUCUUUUUUUACUUAUUUAAUUUAGAUAAAUUACAUAUAAUCUGCGAAGCAAACUACAUAACAUCCUGGUUGAAAAAGGAUAGAGAUAUAUUUCUAUCUUUGUUUGGCUAAUCGAAUUUCAAGUAAAAAAAACUAACUUUUAUUAAAAUUUAAUAAAUAAACCAAGAGGUCUGCGCCAAGUCAAACUUGAACAGCGGCGACAUUUAACUGAAACAUGACCUGCGGAUGACGGUGUACUGAUGUAUUUAUACAACUUUAGUUAAAUUUCAGAAAAUGUAAAAAAUAAAAUAAAAACAGCAUAAUACAAAAUAUA